GAGGGGACACUGGUGGACGGAGCCUGGGGACUCACUGGGUGGCUUUGAUCACGAUGCCAAGGACUCAGAUUUUAGAAACGAAGUGAGUUUCACUACAGGGCUGAGGACUGGGUGCAUGGAGUUGGUGUCGAUGGAGGAUCAGGACGCCAGGGUCCCAGCCCUGGAACCAUUCAGGGUGGAGCAGGCACCACCUGUAAUCUACUAUGUCCCUGACUUCAUCUCCAAGGACGAGGAGGAGUAUUUGCUUCGACAGGUCUUCAAUGCCCCAAAGCCUAAGUGGACCCAGCUCUCCGGGAGGAAGUUACAGAACUGGGGUGGGCUCCCCCAUCCCCGGGGGAUGGUUCCUGAGCGGCUGCCCCUGUGGCUCCAGCGCUACGUGGACAAAGUGUCUGAUCUCAGCCUUUUUGGGGGUCUCCCAGCCAACCACGUCCUUGUGAACCAGUAUCUGCCUGGGGAGGGCAUCAUGCCCCACGAGGACGGGCCACUGUACUACCCGACUGUCAGCACCAUCAGCCUGGGCUCCCACACCAUGCUGGAUCUCUACGAGCCGCGGCAGCCAAAGGAUGAUGACCCUACAGAGCAGCCCCGGCCCCCACCCCGGCCGGCCACCUCGCUGCUGCUCGAACCGCGCAGCCUCCUGGUGCUCCGUGGCACCGCCUACACGCGCCUCCUCCACGGCAUCGCAGCCGCCUGCGUAGACGCGCUCGACGCUGCCUCCCUGCCUCCCAACGCGGCCGCCUGCCCGUCUGCGCGGCCCGGAGCCCGCCUGGUCCGCGGCACCCGCGUCUCGCUGACCAUCCGCCGCGUGCCCCGCGUGCUGCGCACCGGCCUCCUGCUCAGCAAGUGACGCCGGGCCCCGGGACCCGCUCCGACUUCGGACGGCUGCGUCCCUGUGACCUUGGAACCCUGGGGCAGAGGCAGCUCUCUGGGGUUAUUUCCCCAGUAACUAUGGGAACCGCAGGAAAAGGCCCCAUUCCAAAUAAAACAAAACAAAACAUC